ACGCGAUUGAAAAAGAGGGGGGAGAAGAAAAUAGGCGAACAAGAACAUUGUUAAUAAUAAAUACAGAAAUAAAUAGAAGAAGAAGAAGCAUGGUUAUCCAUCAGAUGUGCACCAACGUCGCUUGCUAACUUCUUGUUUUGUUGUUCACAAGGUAACAUCUUUGUUUUUGCAAUCAUCGGUUGACUCGCCUCGGAAGUGUACUGAGAGUUUGUACGGUGAAGGAAGUAAAAACAUGCUUCGAUCACAGCUCUGUUAGCACUAGCUACAAAACAAGAUAGAAUAAAGCUCAAAAUUUCAACUGAAGAAAUGAGUGCUUCAACCAGGGAAGAGGGUUCAGAUGUGCCAGGAGCAGCAGCAGCAUCACGGAAACCACAAACUCCUACAAAAUCUGUUUCGUCUUUGCUGGAGGAUGCUGCCCAAAUGAAAGCAGAAGGAAAUGCUUUUUACAGGGAGAAGAACAUCCGCUCAGCCAUUGGUCGUUAUCACCGUGCCCUCAUGAUCCUUCGAGGUCUUGAUUCGAAUGUGAUGACAUCACUGAAAGAGUUUGGACAUGGGUUACCCCCUCUCACAGCAGAACAGGAGGCAGCACUGAGAAACACACAGGUGGACUGCUACAACAACUUGGCUGCCUGCUUGUUGCAGAGAGAGAGUGUUGACUAUGCACGUGUGAAGGAGUACAGCUUGCGAGUGCUGCAGUUGCAACCAGGCAACACCAAAGCACUGUACAGAGCAGGGGUAGCCACUCUGGAGAUGGGAGAUGCACAAGCUGCUAAAGAAUACCUGAUCCAAGUUUGCAAAGAGCAGCCGAAUGAUGCUAAUGUGAGGAAGCAUUUGCAAAGGGCAGAGGAGAAACUGCACAAGGAGAUACAAAAAGAGAAGGCCAUGUACAGAGGAAUGUUUGCCUCCAGUCUGAAAAGCAGCUCUGGAGAAGGAAGUUAACUAGAUCUGCAGAGAGAGGGAGUUUCGUCUGCCAGCUCACUGUACCAAAAAAAAGCAAGAACUGACAAGAAAUCCAGUGAAUGAUUGAUCAUGUAUUCUACAAACACCUGAAGUAUCCAGUGCCUGUUAUGUGUCAAUCAGGAGAACUUAGUAAUGCUGGGUCUGUGUGUAAUGAGUUACAUCGACACAGUCAGGAAAGUAAAGAUGCUACUGCUGAAAAUAGAAACUGGGAAUUUUAGUUUCUUAGCAACAUAGAAACAGAUUUAGUCUCUGUGUGUGGGGAGGGGAAGGGGGGGUUGUGUCAUAUAUUAGACUCAUACUCUACUCAGUCUUCUGAUAUCGACAAUGUAACUGCACCUCUACAAUGUGUUCAAUGUGAAUAAGGAUUUUCUGACAUUUCAAAUAAAAUAUUUUUCUAUAAA